AUUUACAAUGUAGCAUUUAUGUACCCAGAGUUAGAAAAAAAUGAAAAGUUUUACGGAGAAGCUCUGAUUUGUUCAGUCGAAAGUGGAUUUUCUGCUGCUUUCAGAUUUGGCGCCAUGGGUUACGCUAUACUGUUAGUAGGAGUAUUAUUAGUUCUUACCGAAAUGGAAUUCAAACAAUUGAUACAAGAUUUUUCUCUUGUGAGAAGAGGCGAGAGAAAUUUCUGUUUCAAUUUGAGAAAUUUGAUGAUUCGUCACGAAGAACUGUGGAAUUUCGUCAGUCAACUUAAUACUAAAUUUAGUUAUCCUAGUGUAGUUAUUUAUCUCGGUCUUAUAUGUUCAACCAGUUUUUCUUAUUAUGCAUUCUCAUUUAUAGAUGUAAAUGAUGCAAUUAGAUUAGGAUUUCUAAUAAUAGUUGUCUUCUUCACCUUCACUUGUAUUAUUGGAGCUUGUUUGUUGUGCAGUUUUGCUUUCUCGAUGCAAAAUGGCUUUCAAGAUGUCCGACAAUUUGCUGUCAGCAAUUUACAUUUUGAAGAAAAGUUAAAAAUCUUAAAUUUCAUGAAAAGGUUUGGGAAAGUGUCGUUGUGUUUCAUGAUCGGUGGUAUUUAUCCAGUUACGAAAAGAAUUCCUUUCAAA